AAUAUAUUUGUGUAAUAGAUUGUUAUAUCAAGGUGCUUUGUGCUAAUCGGUGUUUUUUUUUAACAGUUUAACAGUAACAUGGACGAGGUAGCUGUUGUUGCCUCGAAGCUGUGUGUCCGGUUAAAGCUGGCCCCUCCGGAUAUCUGUGUCCAGGCCGUCGCCUUGUUCAAACACGAUGUGAUAAUUGCCUGGACUGAAUCUAUCCUGAAGCCAUCAGAGAUCUGUGGCUUGUUCCUGGGUGUUGUUUGUGGUCAUUGGGACAUUUACUCUGACUGGAAUGUCACACUCCCUGACACACCAAAGCCUCCCGUCAUCCCCCCCAAGCCACCCCUCCCUGGUUCUCCUGUCACAAGGAUACUAUUUCUCACAGACAUUCACUGGGACAAAGAUUACAUCCCAGGGAGUAACCCUGACUGCCGGGACCCCUUGUGCUGCAGGAAGGGCUCGGGUUUACCCCCUAGCCAUCGGAAAGGAGCUGGGAAGUGGGGUGAAUACAGCAAGUGUGACCUUCCCCUCCACACCAUCGAGAACCUUCUACAGCAUCUUCAACCUGGACACUUUGAUCUGGUCUACUGGACUGGGGAUAUUCCAGCUCAUGAUGUCUGGCACCAGACCCGGAAAGACCAACUCACGGCUCUCAACACCAUCACCAGACUCAUCCAGAAAUACCUGGGCCACGUUGCUGUCUACCCAGCCGUUGGCAAUCAUGAGAGCACUCCAGUCAACAGCUUCCCUCCUCCCUUCAUCCACGGUAACGAGUCCUCUGCCUGGCUCUACGAUGCAAUGGUGCAGGCCUGGAAGGGCUGGCUGCCUGAGGAAGCUCAGGAAACUCUCCGGAGAGCGGGGUUUUACACAGUGAAACUCAAUCCUGGACUGCGACUUGUUUCACUCAACAUGAACUUCUGUUCCCAUGAGAACUUCUGGCUGUUAGUGAACUCGACUGAUCCAGCUGGUCAGCUGCAGUGGCUGGUCAGCAUCCUGCAGGAAGCAGAAGACAGCGGUGACAAGGUAAUGAGGGAGUGGGCCAGGCAGGCAGUACAUUCCUCACCCCAGGCAUCUGACGUGAGACUAAACCAGUCGGGUAACAGAUUUCAAAGGGCACACAGCUCUGGUGAAACAGUCAAUUCUUCAGGAAGUAGAAUUUUCUUCAACAACUGUCCCAGGUAUGAGGGGACAAUUGCUGCCCAGUUUUUUGGCCAUACCCAUGUGGAUGAGUUUGAGGUUUUUUACGAUGAGGAGACUCUGAGCCGUGCAGUGUCUGUUGCUUUCAUUUCCCCAAGUGUCACAACGUACAUCAACCUCAGUCCAGGGUUUCGGGUUUACCAGAUUGAUGGGAAUUAUCCAGCGAGUUCACAUUCAGUUCUUGACCAUGAGACCUACAUCCUGAACCUGACUGAGGCCAAUGAGGGAGACAAUCCCAGGUGGGUUUUCCUGUACAGGCUCCGGGAGGCCUAUGGGAUGAAGUCUGCGUUUCCUGUCGAUAUGGAUAACCUGAUCAACCGCUUCCUGCUCGAUGACAGUCUCUUCCAGAGGUACUGGUUCCUGUACCACAAGGGCCACACUUCCCAACCGUGUCAGCAAGCCUGCAAGACUGCCACCAUCUGUGCCCUUCGUACAGGCAGAGCAGAUGACCCUGCACUUUGCAAGGACCUUCACAACAAGGUGACAUACAGGGAAACACAGAGCUUCUGGAGGCAGCGGAGAAUGUGCUAAAAUCACCUCAGGCCAAUAUCUGAAAUGAUCUCCUCAUAGAAUUUAUCAUUGCUUUAAUUUCAGGGACAUCCAAUGAAUCUUGAUGACUGCUGGACACAACUGACUGGACAUUGACCGACUGGACAGGGCUGGCUGGAUUCUGAGCAGAGCAGUGGCACAGUGGUUAGCACUGCUGCCUCACAGCGCCAGAGACCCGGGUUCAAUUCCCGCCUCAGGCGACUGACUGUGUGGAGUUUGCACGUUCU